AUGGUGGCUGGUCUUGCACGAUCAAUCACCUCUGAGCAAAUAUCUCUCAACCUCACAACACUGGAUUUCGACCUUGAAAACACUACGGCUGCCCAGAUCUCGUCUGCUAUCUUGACCGCUGCUAAGUGCCAAGUAUCUGGAACCUCCGAAAGCGAAUACUAUGUCUCGGAUGGGAUGUUCCAUAUCAGUCGACUGAUAUCAAAUGAUAGCAUUAACGAUGUCUAUGCUUUCCCCAAGGAGUCUACUGAACCUGUUCUUUUUGAAUCCGGUAUGCGGCUUGUUGGUCAAGUUCAGUCUGGCCAAGUCACAUUCGCACGAGACGAGGAAAGCAAUGAUGAUAUUCUUCCAGCCAACUCCGUCGAAGUCCGUGCGACUGUUUGUGGACUUUCGAAAGAGGGUGUCCUUGUCAUUAGCGGAUCUGACUACCCCACCACAUUCUCCCACGAGAUUGGCGGAGUGAUCGAGCGCGUUGGAUCAAGUGUUUCCGGCUUCGCUGUUGGUGAUGAGGUCGUUGGGUUCUCUUUCAGCAACUUUGCAACUCACCAACAAGUCGAUAGCAAUCUUCUUCAGAAGAUUACUCUCGGAGAUUCUCUUGCGGAAAUUACCAGUCUCCUUAUGGCUUAUGGUGCUGCUCUUUACGGCUUGAAGGAGCUUGCAAAUCUUCGCCCACAAGAAACAGUUCUCAUUCUCAGUGGAAGUGGACACGCUGGUCUCGCCGCCAUCAAGAUGUCACAACUUAUGAAGGCUGUUCCAUAUGUUGCCGUCGCAACUGAGGCGGAAGCUAAGAGACUCAAGGCUGAAUUCGACCUGACUGAAGCUCAGAUCUUGCUACCAACAUCUGUCCCUCUUGCAUUGCAGUUCAAAGAGGCAAGCGGACACAGCGGUGCUGAUGUUGUCUUCAGCUCUGGUCUUGUUGAUAGUGCUGUUGCUCAAGAAUGUUGGAGAAACAUCACAGUCUUUGGUCGUUUUAUUGAUUCAGGGAGAAAGAAUGUCUUGAAUCGCACUGUACUAGAUACUGUUCCCUUCCACAGAGGCGCUAACUACAUGUCGUUCGAUAUUUUGGAUAUCUAUGCUCAGAAGGCUCAGAUCCUUGGAGAGCUUUUGCGAUUCACCAUAUCACUUUAUCGCCAGGGGUCCAUCAAACCUCUGGGCGCCAUAUCAGAGAUACCCAUCGCCGACCUUGACGACGCCGUCUCAGCGUUCUCAGAUGACUUCUCCUCAGGAAAGACUCUUCUUACCUAUCAACCAUCCGAGAAGCCCCUCAAUGUUACACGGUCUCGACCAUCAUUGAAGUUCCAUGGUGAUGCCACCUACUUAUUGGUAGGCUGCCUCGGUGGGCUCGGACGUAGUCUCACUUCCUGGAUGAUGAAGAAGGGAGCUCGCAGGUUUGCAUUCCUUUCCCGUUCUGGGACUGAUGGUGAGCAAGCUGCCAUUUUGGUAGAAGAUGUUAAGAAAGCUGGUGCCGGAGUACAAGUCAUCCGUGGUGAUGUGACUGUCAAGAAUGAUGUUGAACGUGCGAUCAAAGCAAUCCCAUCGAAGUACCCUCUCCGAGGUGUAGUUCACGCAGCAAUGGUAUUGAAGGUAAUUCAUAUCUAUUUCCCCAACUUUAGUCUCUUAACUGAUUUAUCUUAGGAUGGGCUUUUCUAUUCCAUGACUUAUAGCAAUUGGGUCACCUCCACCCUUCCAAAGGUUCAAGGAACAAUCAACCUCAAUAAGGCCUUGCAAGCUACGGAUCUAGACUUCUUUAUCACCACGUCCUCAACUAGUGGAACUCUCGGAACCCCCGGUCAAAGCAAUUAUGCCGCUGGUAAUGCUUUCAUGGAUUCCAUGUCCCGCCAUCGUCACCUUAACAACAAGCCUUCAACCUCACUAGUCCUCCCCAUGGUACUCGGUGUUGGGUACGUCGCCGAGCACCCAGAGAUUGAAGAGGCUCUUAAGCGCAAAGGCAUCUACGGCAUUGACGAAGAGCAUCUCCUCGAAGCCUUCGAAGUCAGCAUGGCCAUCCAAAGCCAAAAGGGAGCAGCCGAUCACGUCGUAGUUGGCAUGGACCCCUCAAAGCUCCAAAAGUCGCUUCAUGAAGCUGCCACUACCGACGGCUUCUGGAUGGAAGACGCGCGCUUCAGAUCCCUCAUCCACACCAUGAAAUCCGCGUCCCCUACCUCCACUAGCGGUUCCUCAGCGUCCAUUCUGUCACUUAUCAAUGCCGCCGCUACGCCCGCUCAAUCCAUUGAGAUCGCUAGCGAGCACUUUAUGGACAAAUUGAGUCGACUGUUGAUGGUGCCAAGGGACGAGUUCGAGCCCGACACGAAGAGAAUUUCCAGCUAUGGGUUGGAUAGUAUGAUUGGAGCGGAGCUGAGAAACUGGAUUUUCAAAGAGUUCGCGCUGGAUAUUCCAUUCCAGCAGUUGUUGGGGGAGAGUAUGACGGUCACGAGAUUUGCUGGUCUGGUGUGUGCUAAUCAGGGGAUUGUUGUAGAGGGCUAGACUUAUUGGGAUGUUUGUUUUCGAUGUUGUGGGUAGGAGAUAGAUUGCUUGGGCUUUGUCUUGAUGAGGGCUGUUUUUAUUUUUCUUAUUCUCGUUUAUCUUUUAUGGUCUUUCUUUUUUGUAUAUCGAGUCUAAGUCUGAGUAUUUCCUUUGAAGCUAUAUAAAUACACAUAGAUAUAUAUGAUGGAUACAUUCUUUGGUAUAAAUAGUAUGCGCGUACUGUCUGUCGCACCUGCC